AGUGAACGUCAGCGUUUUGACGUGGACGGCUGUAUCGCGUUCGUUCGUACGCUUGUCGGCCAUAGAGAAAAAAAACAUUUCGCGCGUCUUUUGACAGCUAAUUUGAAACUUUUUAGUGCGUUCGGAAAUUGGACUGAAAUUGAAGUGUGGUUCAUACAAUUAAUGCUGAAUAAAUUGGAGUCCUAAUUUGCAGUGUUAAUUAUCGGCUUGGAGUGGCCGUUGAGACGCUAUAAAGUGAUGAAUCAGUGAACGCCGGCUAAUUAAUAGCGCACUGUUGCUACGAAAACAAAUCUUAACGCCUCCAACUACCGCAGUAUAUUUGAGGUGAACGGCUCCGGCAGGCAGCAAGCUGUUUUACCCUUACCUGAAGACGUCUUCCCUUCACAGGGACUUCCUGUUUGCCAGUGGCUCCGAGGCCAUUGCAAUCACAGCCUUUAUGAAAAAUGAAAAUCCGUAUGUGUCGGUUUCGAAUGAAGGGCACAUUGAGUCUAGGACAUGCCACGAGUCGGGAUGCGAGGCUGAUAUGCUGGAGGGCUCGGAGGUGGGACGGCACUCGCCGCCCCGGCCGCAGCAGGAGCCCAUUAAUCUCAAGAAUGAGCAGGCGGAAUCGGACCGCGAGAGCGGCGCGAGCUCGCCGGAGGGCGGCGGGCGGCAGCUAGCCGAGGCACGUUCCCCAUCGCCACCGCGUGCCCGCACGCCGCACCAUCAGCCGCACUUGAAUGGCUCCAUGGCGUCGAUGUUCCAAAAUCUGCAAAACCUGGCAAACAUGCAGCAGAACAUGCCGCCGAUGUCGCAACAGCAAAUGUCGCAGCAGAUGUCGCAACAAAUGUCGCAGCUGGCAGCCAACCUGCAGGGGCUCACCUCCAUGCCCUCGAACCCGGUUAUCAACUCACCUCUUAACCUCAGCGUUAGUGCUCCAGGCAUGGGAUCACCGAACCCUGUAGGCAACAGUAACAUGCUGCCUCCAGCAAUGCCUUCCCCGAUGCCGCAGCUCAUUCUCGCUUCGGGACAGCUGGUCCAGGGCAUCCAAGGUGCACAACUCCUUAUACCCACAUCCCAAGGUAUCGCGACGCAAACCAUCCUUACGAUACCGGUAAACCAUGUGAACUCGAAUGAUCAAAUGGUAAAUCUGGCUUUGAACAAUGGCCAGGUCGUGUCCACAUCGCUCGCCAACCUCCAAGCGAUGGCGCAACCUCACCAGCUCCUCAAUUCCAAUCCGCAACAGACGGCGAACAUUCGACCAAACAUGUUAAACCCAACAUUGCAGAAUGCGCUACUGAAUCCGGGUUUGCCAAACUUCUUGACAAACGGUGCGACCAAUGCGCAGGAGUUGCUCCAAGCGUUACAACAGCCGCAAGGCAAUCACAACCUUCUGCAGACGGUGCAACAGAACAAUUUACCGCAACAGAUGCAAGGACGUCGCUCGUCGUCGCCACGCCCGGACAGACAUUACAAAGAAAGGGAGAACUUUGACAGAUUUGGCGGAGGUCCCAGAGAUAGAAAUGAAAGGGAUAAUUCUGGCGCUGCUGCUCUAAACAGUAUUAACAGGCUCGCUGCGUCUAACGGCGAAAUCACAAUCACGACGUCGCACGCGAGCGGCGUGCCGAGCAGCGCGACGAGCGGCUCGGGCAGCGGAUCAGCUCCCAACGCAUCGCCACACGCGCCGGUCAAGAUGUCGCCAGGCUCAGUGAAAUCGCCCUCGCAGGAUGACUCGGAUUUACUUGCCGAUUCGCCAAAUCAACCCACAAUCAGUCAAUCCUCGGGUAACGUAGUCGACGGCAUCAACUUAGAAGAUAUCAAGGAAUUCGCAAAGGCCUUCAAACUAAGGCGGCUCGGUCUAGGCCUCACUCAGACACAAGUGGGCCAGGCUCUAUCUGUCACUGAAGGUCCAGCGUAUAGCCAAAGCGCUAUUUGCAGUGCCCUGGCUUCGCAGAUGCUAGCAGCUCAGCUGUCUUCACAGCAACAAAACAUAUUUGAGAAAUUGGAUAUAACACCAAAAAGUGCGCAGAAAAUCAAACCGGUGCUUGAACGUUGGAUGAAGGAAGCCGAAGAGAGGUACGCAUCAGGACAGAAUCACCUGACGGAUUUCAUCGGCAUGGAGCCAAGUAAAAAGCGUAAACGGCGGACGUCGUUCACUCCUCAAGCGCUGGAACUACUGAACGCCCACUUCGAGAGAAACACGCAUCCUUCUGGCACAGAAAUCACCGGCUUGGCGCAUCAAUUAGGCUACGAACGCGAAGUUAUCAGAAUAUGGUUCUGCAAUAAGCGUCAAGCUCUAAAGAACACCGUUCGGAUGAUGUCCAAGGGAAUGGUUUAAGCAUAACCUACAAUUAGUAAUAAUAAAUUUCGCGCCAUGUGAGAUACAAUACAAGUCCGAUAUAAUAGUGAUGGGCAGUUUUUAACAAUAUCGAUAAUUUUGCUUCGGGCAGCACGUAGAGUUUUACGUGACACGUUUUAGUUCGCAAUGAUAUUUACAUGUUAUUCGAUGUUCUCUCUCGGUGUAUUGUUGGUAAACAUUUGGCCUUAACACGAAUCUGUUGCGAUUCCAGCCAAGUAUUAAAGUAAGUUUCUUUUGAAUAAAAUGUAAUUGUAAAAUACAAUUUCGACUGAUAUACUCGUCUCGUAGAUACUUUUACAAUGAUAUGAAUGGUAUGCGUAGUUUAACAUAGGUGUUUAGUACAAAAGAAAAUGAAUGACUGUCAUUGUAAUACUCUUAAAUGUAAUCAAAAUUAAUUACAACUUUUAAAAAUACUACAGAAACAAUGCUUAGGAUCAAGUAAAAUAUCUCAUUUAUGGCAUUAUCUUCAUCUUAUUAUCUAAAGCAUAAGGUCUAAAUUCCUCAAAAUUGUGCACACCCGAGUUUUAUUAGAUUACAAUUUUAUUUGUAAAAAUAUUGCAUUUUGUAAAUAAGUACAAUAAAAACUGAAGUCUCGGCGAUAUACUAGCUACUAGAGAUAUUAAUUUAUUGAAAUACUCUUGAGUUUUUCGUUUUUCUUAGUGAAUGUUGCACUAUCUAGUUAUAGGGAUACUAUGGAUAUUAUGAAAGUAGUUGAAAUGUGUCGUCUUAGUGGCCUACUGAGAGUUUUUUCAAAUGUUAGUUUUUGUUAAUAGAUAGACGUAAAGCGAUGUGUAUAGAUUAAUUACUUAUACAUUAUCGUAAAUUGUAAAUAUUGUUCACGUAAUUUUAGUUCAUUAAAACGUAUUAUUAGUUUUAUGUACCUAUAAUGGAUAAGUUCUAGCUUUUUAAGAUAUUUACGUAGAAGUUCAAGUUGGAUUUUGUUGCGAUAUGCAUAAGCGUGAUUUUUUUACAAAAAGAAAUUUGCCUUAAUUUACAACUUUUUGAAUUGUUUCAUUAAUAUAAGUCAUUUUCUAAUACAAAUUACAUGUAACUGGAGGUCUAUAAACAUUUAUACGAAUACGGUGCGUAUUGUUUCGCGUGCAUACUUUUUGGGUAGAUACAAAUUUAAAAAACUAUUGAAAUUACCUCGCAUUUGGAAAGUAGAUUUUGAAAUAUUAUAUACUUAUAGAUUUUUCAAAAAAUAAAUAAAUUAUAUAUUAUGUUUUAAAUGCUCGAAAAGUAUGCAGACGUACUUAGAAAAUAAUUACUUUAAAUCAAAGGAAAUAUGUUUUAGAGACAAAAUAGAUACAAAUAACAGCAAAUGCUCAGUAAUAAAUAAUAGACUCCUAUGAAGUCCUAUUUCGCUUUUGCUCCGAAUAACUUAUGUUCUCUAUGUUAUAGUACUGUGCUAUGUACCUAUUAUUUUAGGUUAUAAAGUUGUAGAAUAAGACCUCCUGUUAAGUGUAUUGCGAUAGUUAUAAGGCUGUAAAUUAACGUAUGUUAAUGACCAAUGAAAACCAACUUGUGAUCAUUAAUAUUUGUACUGUUACCUACUACUGUAACAAGAGUCGUUAAAAAAUAAUAUUAUAAAAAAUUGAACAUAUUUUUCGGCUGUUGAAAAAUUGUAAAUACAAUAUUAAGGAUAAUAAAAAAACUAUUUGGAUUAAUAUUUAGGAAACAAAGGGGAAAAAUAUUAUCGAAAUUUAUAUUUUCAAAAAUUAUUACAAGUGCAAAAAAAUUGUGUAUUUAAUGAGAAAAAAUCUAGGAAUGUUCGGCCAUAAUCUAAAUUAAUUCAAGAAACGGGGUUUUUUAUCGACUUCAACACAUCACUACAACCACAACAAACAGUAAGGUAAACAGUCAAUUGAAAAAAGUGCGAUGCGAUGUUGCUCGUAAAAUGUACUUAUUAUGGAAUCAGGUUUUUUAUAAUCACUUACAAACGCUUUACUUUGAAAACAAUUUUUAUUACAAUUAAUCUACAUUUUAGUUAUUAUUGAUUGGAUUCAUCAUAAAGUAUUGAAAUAAAAUUUCAAUGAAAUAAUAAAAUGAAAUAUAAACUCUAUCUAACUUUAUCUUUUCACUUUAUCCGUUUUACAAAGCGCAACAGUCAAAUCAAUUUAUUAAAAAACCUGAUUCCCCACAAACAUUAGUGUAAUAGAACGAGGCGUAGAACGCUAAGUACAAAUAAUAAUUUUAACGAUAAAACUGCUAGUCCCGUUACGAAUAAAGCUAUUUUUAACGAUAACACGGCAAAAUCGCGUUGCACCCUGGUUUUCAUGAUCCGCAUGUAUCUAUAAUAAAAUAGUUUAAAAUACAAUUAUAAAGGUCACAUAACUUCAUCUGUAACACAUAUUCAAACCAAACUGUAACAGUAUGUAAUAGUGUAUUAAUUUUUUCUUCCUGUAACGGUACCGAUUGAAAGACUAUGGCUGCUGGUUUAUGAGGAGGAGCAGAUUAAAGGCAGAUAACUGUUUG